AUGCCUAUGGCGGCGAUACAUGCUUAUCAAAAUCUCGGUGUCAAUCAGAAGCUUACGCAACUACAAACACCUGCACCAAGAAGACUUGCGCCUGCUCCAGUAGAUACGUCCCGAUGCAAGAAAAAAUCUUACAUCCACCAGCCGUAUCCAACUCAACCUGCGUCUGUCGCCCGAAGAAACGCCCGGGAAAGAAAUCGCGUGAAACAAGUUAAUAAUGGAUUUGCAGCGCUUAGACAGCACAUCCCGACUGCAGUGACAGCAGCUCUAUCAGGUGGUAGAGGAUCUUCGCGAAAGCUUAGCAAAGUUGAUACUUUGAGGCUUGCUGUAGAAUAUAUCAAAAGUCUAAAACGGCUGUUAGAAGAAAGUGAAGAAGGUUGCUCCGACAGUCAGAUAGGAGUAAGCCUGACUCCAAAUGGACCGCAAACACCACCCUCUUCCGAAGAAUCUCAUUCACCAGCUCCGUCAUUAGUAUCAGAAAGCUCCGCGGGCCCAAAUUGUCAUGACGCCUACGAUUCUUAUGAACCAAUGAGUCCUGAAGAUGAAGAGCUUCUUGAUGUUAUAUCAUGGUGGCAGCAACAAUGA